UCGUCGUUCCGUUUUUGGUAGGUAGAAUUGUCAUGCGAUCAUGGGUGGCUUUGUUAGUAUCAAGAGACAGAGAUAGACAAAAGGAUCGAGAGACAGACAGAGAGAGAGAGAGAGAGAGAGAGAGGAAAGAGAGAGAAUUGCAGAUAGAGUACGAAGGGCGAAAAAAAGAGGCUUAUUUUACAUUAUAAUACUUUGCAAAUUACUUUGUAUAAAAAUCGUCAUUUUUUUUUAAAUUUAGCUAAAUCGCUGUAAUGUUAUUUCGAUAGAUCGAUGAUGGAACCACUUGUUUUUGCACCUUCGAGACAUAAGAAAACAAUCUUCGCAAGCGCAAACAUUAUUUAUAUAAUCGCAGCCACUUUUUAGCCAUCGUCGCGUUAGAGCUGCUUGCCGUCCGUCAACGUUUAAUUAGCGUCGAAGUUCACAUGAGAGGAUGUAAUUAAACGCUGACGGACAGGCUGUGCUGUACGACGACGGAAAAAAGACGGAUAUCUGCUUAAUUCGCAAAUAAAAAUGCAUUCAAAUAAGUACAUACUGACAAUUGGUCAUAAAAAAAUUACAUUCGUGUCAAAAGCUUUCAUAUAAAAUUCUUGUUUGUCCAAAGUUAACGUAGGUCAUGGUAUUCUCGAGCUUUCUAGAAGUAUACUCAUAGAUAUAAUAUAACGUGCAAGUUUUCCGGCUUACACGUGCGUUUAUGCAUUAUAUGGGUUUACUUCCUAGUGCUUUUCUAAUUUUAACCCUGAUACCUCCUUCCAUCCCGAAAUAAAGCUCAAGUUGAGUACAUUGUAUACGGGCAAAUGAUCGAAGAAAGGAAGUUCAAAGACUCCCAAGAAACUGACCCCUCCUCCGUCUUUCUCUAUGUGAUGUGACUGGAGGCGUGUACAUACACGGUCGAUUUCUCUCUCGAUUAUUUUUGGAGCAAAAGUCAAAAUUCGAGGACAGAGAGUACUGACGUGAAUUUUGUAUAUUCAUGGGAUUACCACUUUUUGGCGCUGCGUGCAGAGACAUGGAAAGCAGAUGUUUUUGUUUUGUCCGCGUUCAUAUAAUACGAAAUAUCCCCUCGUUUCUAUUAUAAUACUUCCUUAACAACAUUAUUAUAAGCACGAUUGCGAAUACGAAUUUUCACCCCAAGGGUUUCGAGGAAAAAAAAUUGUCUCGAAAUCCCCGACUCUUCGUAUAUUGUUUUAGAUCGUAUUUCUCGUGCAUCGGAUCAGAUAAAAAUCGUCAAUGUUCCGAGGCACGCUACUAAAGAGUCACACACAUUUUUUUCCGAGUCAAUAAUUCCGUCUUCGCGGACUUGGUUUCUUGUGCUCUAACUCACGCGCAGAGUCGCGUUCCUCAACAUUUUUAUCUGUUUAUGUUCGUAAAAUUUGCAUACCAAUAUAUACAAGCUCGAGUCGAGUCGCUAGAGACUUUUAACACAGAAACAAAACAAAUACAAUUCGCUGCUUUACAAAGAAUUUCGUGCUAUUAUGUGGAACGUCAUUUACACACAAGCGCUAUCGUCAUUAUACGUCGACAGCUAUGAUCGAACAUUAUGUCUUCAAUCAAUUGAUUUAAUGUACAUGUACAUUUAUAUACACACAGACACGUAUACAUGGGAGAGAUAAAGCUUACACGAGCAAUUACAUUUAAACGAUAGAUGAUGCAAGCUUAAUACGUAAUCUUGCGGGCGUAAUUCAAAGUUUUCCGCUUUCCGCACGGUACCGAUGCGGAAGGAAUCGGAUUUCGCGAAACUUUUGAUCGAAAGUCGUGCGCGCCAGAUACUAUAUCCCAGGCCGACAGACAGCCUGAGAAAGAGCGAUCGCGCAGAAGUUCGAAAGCUGAAAAUUGCCUAGUUAAUUCAACGGGAUCACGCGAAGAGCGUCCGAGAGUUUAAAGCACGAUUGUUUUCGUGUCGUGCAGCAGCAACAGCAGCAGCGCACAUAUAGGUAUAAUCUUACAGUGAGCUUUUCAGCGUGCCGUGCAGUCGAGUGUGUGUCUUUUAAUUAUAGUGUACACGUUAAAUGGUUUGGUGAGCACAUUGAUUUUUUAUGUCACAGCAGAUUCAUCGAUACCUAUUGGAGAGCGACGAUCAUCUGUACCUGCGCACGUUAUACGCACAUUAUAAUGCACACAAUGGCUCAUUGUAGCGUGUCGCGCGCGUAGAUGGUCAAGGGCAAGCAGCCGCGGCGAACCAUAUAAUAAUAUAUAAGUACGAAGUUAUUGUCACCUGGCUCUAUACAUACGAAGCCGCAACGAUGUGUGCAUGUGGAGAGAUGACUGUGCGUACGAUAUUUAAAAUUGAAAGCAGAUGCAGAUAUCUCUGUCUCUCUCUUUAACUCUCGGGCGCGAGUGGGAUUACUUAUGUUGCGCGGCUUAUAUUCGCCAUAGUGCGUAUAUUUCUGUAUAAGCAGCGGGUCAUGAUCGCAUGCAUAAUAACUUGGGCGCUAUUGCACUGACGCAACGUCGACGCGAUCGUUUCGUAUUAUACACACAUAAAAUCAGAUAUAUAUUAUGAAUAUUACGCGUCACAGAGAGAGAGAGAGAGCAGCCUGGAGUUGUAAUAACGACGAAUGCAGCGCGCGACGAUUCUAGAACAAAUUGUUUCGCUCGGCGAGCAUUAUAUACUAUCGAGUUUUGAAAAAAUGUGUGCGUAGAUAACAUCCGAGUGUGCGGCGCGGCUCAUCUCGGAUUACGAUGUAAUAAUAUCAGCGAGUCGUUGUCGUGCGAAUUUAUAUAGCUGCGCGCGCGGACGACCAAGUCGAGAGGACGUCGCGACGCUUUAAUUGACGUUUAAUCGCGUAUAAGCUCGGCUCGCGCUAGAUCGAAUUAUAUCUCGACUUUGUCGUUUUACGAUCGACGCAAUUUACGCGUCACAUGCACUUAUAAUAAUAUACACGUUCCGAGCGGCGCACGUCCACGCGCAACGUUACGAAUCCUCUCGUUGCGCGAGGUGCCUUGGUUAUAAGUGUGUGUGUGCGUUAUUUUUGGAGGAUUAUCAUCGAGACUGGAAAGUGUAUAAUCGUGAGUGCGUUAACGAAUCGUGUAAGCUCGAGAUGUAAGACAAGCCGAAAUCGAUGUUAUUGCGCAGAGAUCGUUGCGUGCGAAAAUCGGAAAUGCAGCAGCGAUUGCGUAAGCGGUACACGUAGUAGUAACAAUACUAAAUUUAUGCUGAAAAUAAAGAUAGCGUGAACAGUGAACACUGUGAACUAGCGACAUCUACCCAUACGACCGAAUUAUACGGCUUGAGUCGGCACAGUGGAUAUCUUAGGCUCAUUGAGCGAAUCAUGUGUCAGUGGACAGUGAACUGUGUGUAUGCAUGUAUAUUCUCACGUGUUCGUAGCUACGCUGUACUGUUUUCGAUACUUCUUAAAAUCUAUUCUUCUGAUCAUUGAGUGAAAGAAUUAAUUGGAAAAUGGAACAACAAACAACGACCAAAAAACCAUUUGAUAAGCGAAAAUAUCGCGAUCAAAAAUACAACAAGAAACAAAAACUCAAGCAAGAACAAGAAAAGAGAAAAACUAUUCUUGUUCGAAAAUUGAGGAAAGAGUUGAAAAAAGAUGACAAAUAUCGUAUGUAUGUUUCUCAAGUGGGUUCCAAAAACGAGAAUAAUGAGACAAAUGAGCAAAAUGACCAAGAUGUACCAAGUCAAAAAAAAGGAAAAAAAUAUAUUCCCUUUUUAUCUGCUAAGCAAGAAUUAAAAAGAAAACAAGAGGAAGCUCAAAGAAAGAAAGAGGAAAUUCUUAAGAGAAAAAAGGAAAAAGAAGAAGCUAUUGAAAAAUACAAACAAAAAAGAAAAGAAAAAAACAUAAAAUUAUCCCAGAAAACAAAAAAAGGUCAACCAAAGAUGCAAGGAAGAUUAGAAAUGUUACUUGAACAGAUUCAAAGCACAAUGGCAUAAAAAUAAUAGUCUCUUUCACCUGUACAUAUUUAGUUAAGUAAUAAAUAGAAUUUUUAUUUUA